GUGCAGCAGGCCUGUUGAUAUCAGCCGCCAACCCAUGGCCCCUCGACCAUGAACACCAGCUGCAGCUCAUGGCCCACGUCUGCAGCACACCCUUGAAGCCUCUUCCCGCAAGACUGGCUUGGCCUCGCUUUGACGCCUGCUUCGACUGACUCUCUCAUCGGCCCCCUCUCCCUAGCGCGUGCAACUGAGAGGAUCUCUGCAAUGUCCUUCAGCAGCGGCGGGGGCUCUGGUCUCCGUCGAGCGGCGGUGUUUGCCGCCGACGACUCUGGAUCUGAUGGCGAAGAGAAGCACGCAAGCUCGUCCAAACACCACCAUCGUCAUCAUCAUCAUCAUCAUCACCGGCACCGGCACCAUGAACAUCGGAAUGGAAGCAGCAGCAAUCGUGACGGCGAGGCAAUUACCGGCUUUUCCUCCUCGGGAGCAGAGCUGGCACAGAAGCAUCUGCCACCCAAGGAGCCGAUCGUCAUCCCUGUGUUGCCCGAUGUCGAUUUUCGCGCCAUUGCGCACCAGCGUCGGCGUGGACGCGAUCUGGCGUCGGAGCUGGGCAGCUUGAACUCGAUGCGCAGGGACGGUAAUGGCCCGGUCGUCCCCCGAAGCGAUAGCGAGCUUCAUCGUACCGGUGCAAGUGGUGCCGCAAACGGAUCGAAUGUACAUGGGCAAGCGACACGCGAUCGCAUCGGAGAUGAAGAGCAGCACAAAGGGCUCGUCGUGCGCACAGCUGCUGGAUCGCAGAAAGCAGGGUCUUCGGCACCAGGCUUUCGAUCUCCAACUCCACCUUCCGCAGAUGUCCGGGGAGCGACGACUCCGCCGCCCGAGUCGGCGGACGAAGCUGCGCGCCGGGCACUGCUCGCCGGCGCCAGAGGAGCUGGCGCCGGGUGCGGCGUAAAUGACAGCUUGACAAUCCCGAUGGUGGUUGAUGAAGAACAGGCGCUGCGCGACGACGUCGACGACCGGCCGGACGCGCCAUCGCUCGAGACGUACACGGCAAUCCCCGUCGAAGGCUUUGGCGCUGCGAUGCUGCGCGGCAUGGGCUGGAAGGAGGGCAUGGGCGCCGGACGCAAGCGUGAUGGGCCAACGGAGGCCAUGCAAGUCAAGAAACGGCCACAGCUCUUGGGCCUCGGGGCGAAGGAGCGGCAGCAGGUGGCCGACCAGCGCGGGGCGACCACAAGCGGCAGCAGGAGAAAGGAUGCACCGGGAAGCAGCAGGCCGACUGCACGAGGAUAUAUGCCGCUCGUGCGCCGAGAGGCCGGAAGUGGGGACGUCAUUGCCAGCGCCAGCGCGAGUCGCAGCGGGACACCCGUGCAGAGUGACGGCGACCGAAGGCCUGACUACUCGCGGCGACGGCACGAAGAUGAUGGAGAUAGAGGGGGAAGCGGUAGCGGGUACAAGACUAGCGGCAGUGGCGACGGGCGGUACCGGUAUCGCUCCCGGUCUGCUUCUCCAACGCCACCGCGCAGCCCGGCCGAAGCUGGUUCAAGGUUGCGACGGACACACGAGCAGCCCUCGGAGCGGUAUCGACGAGGAAACGAGUACAAGCAUUCACGCCGGCACCAGGAACCGUCUUUUAGAGAUGAAUACUACAGGGACAAGGACAGACAAGGGAAUUACCAUCAUCAUCCUACUUCGCGAUCACGAGCAGCAGGGCGAUGAGAGGUUUGUCCGGCCACAGUCGAGAUAGUCGGAUGGGUGGUUGGGCACGAAAUGGCGCAGCAACACAUACAAAACUGCCGCUAAGACGCAAAGUGCUACCAAGCUUUGCGGGUUGUAUAAAACCGACUUGCAUAUCCUUUGUUAAACUAACCCUUACAAUCAGGUCAAGUCUGCUAGUCCUUCGAUGAAGAGAG